GGGUAGGGGGUGAUCCGAUCCCCUUCGACACCGACAUGGAUGAGUGGACCGCCGCUCAGGUCCAUUUACUGGGGGAGGCCCCACCACUAGCUCGUCCAGGCUUCGUGCGGUACUCCUGGUUCGAGACACAGUUCAGGGUUCAGCCCGUUUUGGAGGAGGUGCAGAUGACCCCGGAGGACGAGGAGAGGUGUGCUCGCGGCUUCCUCAUGUUCCUGUUCGGGACUACUAUCUUCGCCGACCGGGCGAACACCGUGCCUCUCUGUCUUCUCAGCGCACCGGUGGACGUCCGGGAUAUUCUGCACUACGAUUGGGGCGGCGCUGCUCUGGGCACUCUCUAUGGGUACAUGAGCUCGGCUUCGCGCGGCAGCGGCCAGCUCCUCGGAGGCUACUGGCGGGCUUGGGAGCUGUGGGUUUACGCCUACUUCCCUAGGCUUGCACCCGUACCAGUCGCGGAGCCUCCUCCGGCUGUCCCGUUCUCGAGUCGCUUCGACGGGAGAUGCACCCGGCGACCACGGGAGACAUUCGGCUUCUUCCGCCGAUAUUUUGACACCAUCACCCCGGCCGAGAUCACAUGGCGGCCGUGGGCUUCCUUGCCGUCGGCGAUGUGGGGUCGGUUCCCUGGUGCUGAGGAGACCUCGCGUUUCCGGAUUCUGCUUGAGGGCCCGGUCUGUCGGGCUUGGUACCUGGGGGAGCGUUUUCUACGCCAGACCCGCGGGUUACCUGAGCAGAUAGUCCCGGCUCACUCUCCUGCAGAGAUGAGGGAGAUCGAGGGGCUCACCACUGAGCAGCUGGAUGAUUACUCCAUCGGCUGGGAGGAGGCCGGCUUCUGA